AUGAGUCGAGAAAAUGGUGGGUGUAGAGGUUUCUUUUCCUGUUUGGGAGGAAUUGCAAAUGUUUUUCUUGAUUUUUUUGGUUUGAGAAGAACAUUGCACAACACCAAUCAACAGUUGGAAGAAGAUUUGGGUGACAAUGGACGACAGGCCGUGACUGGACAAGCAAUUCAAUCGCCCAUUGCAAGUGAUCCAGCUGUGAAGGAUCCAAAACCACCCACCUCUCUGGGUGUGAAUAAAGGGAAGGAUCCACAGACUGAUAUAGCCAUAACAUCAGCUACAAAGGAUACAAAACCACCCAUUUCUCCGGGUGCUAAUAAAGGGAAGGAUCCACAGACUGAUAUAGCCACAACAUCAGCUGCAAAGGAUCCAAAACCACCCACUUCUCCGGGUGUGAAUAAAGGGAAGGAUCCACAGACUGAUAUAGCCAUAACAUCAGCUACAAAGGAUCCAAAACCACCCAUUUCUCCGGGUGCUAAUAAAGGGAAGGAUCCACAGACUGAUAUAGCCAUAACAUCAGCUGCAAAGGAUCCAAAACCACCCACUUCUUCAGGUGUGAAUAAAAGGAAGGAUCCACAGAUUGAUAUAGCCAUAACAUCAGCUGCAAAGGAUCCAAAACCACCCACUUCUCCGGGUGCUAAUAAAAGGAAGGGUCCACAGACUGAUAUAGUCAUAACAUCAGCUACAAAGGAUCUAAAACCACCCACUUCUCCGGGUGCUAAUAAAGGGAAGGAUCCAAAGACUGAUAUAGACAUAACAUCAGUUGCAAAGGAUCGAAAACCACCCACUUCUCCGGGUGCUAAUAAAGGGAAGGGUCCACAGACUGAUAUAGCCAUACCAUCUUCUCACCAUGUAUAA